CACAACUAGACCAAAAUGGUGUUUAAAGUAGUAUUGUUGAUUUUCGCUGCAGCAGCUGUAAAUGCUAGCAAUGAUAAUCUCAUCGCUGUGGUACAGGUGUUUAGACAUGGACAAAGAACACCAAAUAAUUUCUUCUCAAAUGAUCCAUAUGCUGAUUUAAACGAGUAUUGGGCUGGAUUGGAUUAUGGACAAUUAACAAAUGAAGGCAAACGACAACAUUACGCUCUAGGCCAAUUCUCGAGAAAAAGAUAUUCGAAUUGGUUACCGGCGACAUACAGCAGCAAAGACAUCUACGCUCAAACAACCGACGUAGAUAGAACUCACAUGUCAGCACAAGCCAAUUUGUACGGUCUAUACCCGGCUACCGGCAAUCAAGUUUGGCGCAAAAACGUAAACUGGCAACCGAUACCUUUGCAUCCGGCUAACACGAAAACCUUCAGUGUUUAUCCCCAAGGUUGCCCGAACUACAACGCUCUCAGGCAGGAAGUCGAUUCCAACGAGGAAUACACCAACAUCGACAAAACCUACGCCGAUCUGUACCGGUACAUUUCGCAAAACACCAACACGCCCAACGUCACCCUGGACGACGUUUUUACUUUGUGGGACUCCCUCCUCAUCGAAGACCAAGUCGGGUACGCUCUACCGUCCUGGACCUCUUCGCUCUAUCCGGAACCGAUUCGAACACUAGCAGCGAAAUGGUUCGCAAAACAUUGCUACAAUCAGGCUCUGCAACAAAUAUCCGUGGGGUUAUUCUACAACGAAAUACUGGGAUAUUUCGACGAAAUGAUCGCCGAUCCCACAUCUACGGCAAAAUACAGAAUGUACAGCGGUCACGACAACAACGUCGUCGCCAUUUUGACCACGGUGGGGCAGAAGCCGACGGCGCCGGUCCCUUUCGCAGUGUCCCUGUGGUUCGAAUUGAGGCGAACCAACUGGGACCACGUGGUGAAUUUGUGGAUGAAGAGCGGCGAUCAAAUGACCCAGUUGAGCAUCAACGGGUGCGCCUUGGAUUGCCCUCUGAGCGAGGUGAAGAAGCUGCUGAGCGACGUCACCGUUGAUGAGGAAGGUUACCAGAGCUUAUGCAAGAGUACUGAUGUUUGAGUUUGUAUCAUAAUAAGCCGAUUAAAU